AUGAUUACCAGAGCACUAACGAUGUUGUUUAACUCAUUGUUCUGGAUAAAUGGAGUUAUUCUUCUCGGCUAUGGAGUGUGGAUGAAGGCUCAUUUGUACAAGUAUGUGAAAAUCUCCUCUAGCUCCCAGCCAGAUGUUGCCUUUCUUCUCAUUGGCGUUGGAGCUUUCAUUGUUCUGAUUAGCUGCUUGGGUUGUUGUUGCACCAUCAAGGGUUACACAUUCUUUAUGUAUAUGUAUGCUGGUUUGGUGUUUGUUGUCAUCAUUAUUGAGCUGUGCACUGGAAUUAUGUUGAAUUUGUACAGAGAUCAGUUUCAAUGUUGUGGCAUUAGAAACUAUACAGACUGGUUCCGAACUGGAUUUUCCAGGAAACAGACUAGCCCAUCUGUCCCGACAUCAUGUUGUCGUGUCAGUGUGAAGAACUGUCGUAAUGCGUAUGCUAGUACAGAGCGUGGCAACUUCGCUGCAAGUGAUAUUUACACUGAGGGCUGCCUACAGGUGCUUGUGGCUUUUGUAGAGGGAAAUGUGGUGGACAUUAGAGACAUUGAUAUUGGCUUGAGCUUUUUCCAGGUAAGUGUUCCUGGGCUUAUGUUGGCAUGGGAAGAUAUUAUAUGA